AUGCAUACUCCCAACAGAAGGAGAAAUGGUGCAGAUGCACGACCACGUCAAAGCGUCUUGUCGUUCUCAGCGGAUGGCCGGUUGAGUGCGAGGCUUCCCACCACGCCAAACCCACGCGAUCGAGAUGAGCUCGUGAGAGUAUCCAAGGAAACUCUGUCCGUCCUGCCUGGUCUGCUACUCACAAGGCCAGAUGCACCUCCAGACGGUCACUUGUGCGAUCAAAUACCACCACUUGACCAGAACUUCUGUCCCAAACUUCCCAAGACGAGAGUGCGUGUUGUCAACAUGGAUUCCAUCGAUGUCGCAGUCGAACUCGCCAAAAGUAGAGCAUCCCGCAGACCAGUGUGUGUGCUCAACAUGGCCAAUGCUAUUCAUGCUGGCGGCGGUUUCCGGACUGGAGCACUAGCUCAAGAAGAGGCACUCUGCUAUCGAUCUUCUCUUUAUUUCACCCUCAAAUUACGCCACUAUCCGAUUCCCGAAAAGGCAGCCAUCUACUCUCCAACAGUCCUUGUGAUUAGGGACAACCUCACAAGAGGUCACGACAUGCUGGAUUGUCGCGACCCUCGCCAACUGCCAGUCCUUGCCAUCGUCAGCGCCGCGGCCAUUUUCCGACCCUUGAUCAACCGUGUUCUCGCAAAUCCCGGUGAAGAGAACAGUGAAAUGUAUGCAGACGCCGACGAUCGUUUGUUGAUGGCAGAGAAAAUGCGGGUUGUUUUGCGCACGGCCAUCAGAAACAGGCAUCGGCAGAUCGUUCUGGGCGCUCUGGGAUGUGGUGCAUUUCAGAAUCCACCCAGGGAGGUUUCUCAACUAUGGGCGACCGUGCUCCAGGAGCCUGAAUUUUCUGGUGGUUGGUGGGAAGAUGUCAUUUUUGCGGUGCUGAGCGAUCAGCAGAAUCGGAACUUCUGGUGGUUUGAACAUACACUAGAUGGACUGAUGGUAUGA